GCGGACACCCCGGCGCUCCUGCUCAGCCUGCCCUGCCCGCAGUGGCCACGAUGGAGCCUCUGUUCCCUGCCUCCCCGCUGACCACCUGGAACACCUCCUCAGUGGUGCCCAGCGGCAGCGGCGAUGAGAAUGGGACGCUGGCGGGGCUGGGGCCCUCACCAGGUGCCCGGGCCGUGGUGGUACCAGUGCUCUACCUGCUGGUGUGCGCAGUGGGGCUGGGCGGCAACGCGCUGGUCAUCUACGUGGUCCUGCGCCAUGCCAAGAUGAAGACGGUCACCAACAUCUACAUCCUCAACCUGGCCGUGGCUGACGUGCUGCUCAUGCUGGGGCUGCCCUUCGUGGCCACGCAGAAUGCCAUCUCCUACUGGCCCUUCGGCCCCGUGCUGUGCCGCCUGGUCAUGACGCUGGACGGCAUCAACCAGUUCACCAGCAUCUUCUGCCUGACGGUCAUGAGCGUGGAUCGCUACCUGGCCGUGGUCCACCCCAUCCGCUUCGCCCGCUGGCGCCGCCCCCGGGUGGCCAAGCUGGCCAGCGCUGCGGUCUGGGCCUUCUCGCUGGUCAUGUCGCUGCCGCUGGUGGUGUUUGCCGACAUCCAGGAGGGCUGGAACACCUGCAACCUCAGCUGGCCGGAGCCCGUGGGGCUGUGGGGGGCCGUGUUCAUUAUCUACACAUCCGUGCUGGGCUUCUUCGGGCCGCUGCUGGUCAUCUGCCUGUGCUACUUGCUCAUUGUGGUGAAGCUGAAGGCGUCCGGCGUGCGCGUGGGCUCCACGCGGCGGCGCUCGGAGCGGAAGGUGACCCGCAUGGUGGUGGUGGUGGUGCUGGUGUUUGCAGGCUGCUGGCUGCCCUUCUUCAUCGUCAACAUCGUCAACCUGGCCUUUGCGCUGCCCGAGGAGCCUGCCUCCGCCGGCGCCUACUUUUUCGUGGUUGUGCUGUCCUACGCCAACAGCUGUGCCAACCCCCUGCUCUACGGCUUCCUCUCCGACAACUUCCGCCAGAGCUUCCGGAAGGUUCUGUGCCUCCGCAAAGGCUAUGGUGCUGGCGCUGAGGACGUGGAUGCCACGGAGCCACGGCCGGGCCCGAGCAGCCGGCUGCAGGAGGCCAUGAUGCCCGUGCGCAGCUGCAAGGCCAACGGGCUCAUGCAGACCAGCAAACUGUGAGUGCUGAGGCUGCUGGGGCAGAGGGGACCUGGCAAGGCUGCGGGGACCCACAGCCACCUCUUCUGCCUUUCCUCCCAGAGUUGGGGGGCUGGAGCAGAAGAGGAGACUAGCCAGACAGCAGCGGGCGGGGGGAGCCGCCUCCCAAGGCAAACAGCAGACUGGAGAGGCCAUGGGCACGUGCAAAUGCUGGACCCCAGAGGAAUUCGGCUUUCAAUCUGGUCUGGCCGGAAUGGUCCUCUCCACCCCCAGAAACACCAGCUCAUCCCCCUCCACCCCUGGCCCCAAGCCUGAAACAGGUCCUGGAGAAGGUGCCUGGCAGCCUCACUGGGGGAGGGCUGGGCUCCCGGAUGCCCGGGCCUCACUGUGAUCAUGGCUGCAAGGAGAAGAAGGACAUGGGGGUCACUCGCCCCCCACAGGCCCCACUGAGACAGCCCUGCCCAGUGUCCCUCCUGGGGUCCACGGCUGGACCAGAGGAGGAAGCAGAAACCAGGGGGCGCGGGGAGUGGGCAGCGCCGUGCUGGGCAAGGGAGAGUCAAGGUCAGUGCUACCGGGGCCUCGGCAGGGACCCCAGACCGAGGCCAAGCCCUGGAAACGAGAUCA